CCAGUGCAAACCAGUAAAUAGUGGGACACUGACUUUAGCACAUUAAAUAAGCUGUGUUGAACUCUGAAAACCCACCAGCGUCACAUCUCGCAGCUUUUUACACCUGAGGCAUAACGUUGCUGGAGCAUGUGGCUGCACUAAAGUGCGCUAAAAUGACGUGCAGACCGUUCCUAAUGCAGGUCAAUGAUAAACAGAGCACGUCAGACUGCAAGACUCAAUCAAGGACUCAAAGCAAUGUGUGAUGCACUCCAUAAUAAGUACAUUGUCUAAGGUUCAUCUCUCUUGUGUUGUUAUUGGAGGACACCAUGUUACCAUGGUCCCUCAUCACCAGUGUAGCUUCCACCCUCACCUCUGUCUGAUGGAUUGAUGGAACCCGGCUCAAUUGGAACGAGUUAUUAUGUUUUGGAGAGCGCUGCGUCUUUAUUCAUCUCAAAUAGCUUUUUGCCCCCACGACAGUAAUGACCAGAUAUCAGGUCGCGGAGGACGCUGAGUUUUUUUUGGUUUUUUUUUUUUUUUUCACAACGUGCGUGUAACUCCACAGUGAAUCACAGCUCUGCGACUUACAAUGCGCAUAACUAUCAAGUGAGACGCAUUUCCAGUAACAAGGCAAUUUGACGGCUGUAACUCCAAAGUGUGUAUUCAGCGCAGGGAGGCAGCGAGUGGGAGCCGCAGAGAUGAGAGAGGAGGGAGGAAGAUUCCCUCUUUCUUUGCAUUUCUAACCUCUGUCCUUCACUCGGGUUCUGGUUUUCAGGCGGAAAAGCCACGAGCUGGAAACGACACGGACUUCGCUGGAAAUCGCUCAUCACCGAUCUUAACAGUUUGGAUUUAUAAAACAAUGAAGACUGGGCUGAGAGCGGUUCAGGAAUACUGUUGAACCCGUAAGUCGACUGCUGCCUCAGAGCCCAUUAGAGCUCUCUGGCUGCCCGGUGUUGAGGACACGCCGGGACACAGCUGUCCACGAUGUGACUGCAUCCGGAGGCGACGUCUCUCGCUGAACAUGAUGGAACCCGGCCUGUCACCUACCGCACACCCUGCACCCCUCAACGCGAACAGCCACGUCAAUUACAGCGGCGGCAACUGGAGCGGCCUGCUGGACGGCGACGCGGCGAGGAGCAACCACACGCUGCACGGCCGCGUCCACGCCGCCGCGCUGGGCCUCGUCCUGGGCCUCCUCUCGCUCCUCACCAUCAUAAUGAACCUGCUCGUCCUGUACGCCGUGAAGAAGGAGAAGAGCCUGCACACGGUGGGGAACCUCUACAUCGUCAGCCUGUCGGUGGCCGAUCUGAUCGUCGGGGCCACGGUCAUGCCGCUGAACCUGAUGUACCUGCUGGAGGACGAGUGGCGCCUGGGCCGCGCCGUCUGCCAGUUCUGGCUCAUCAUGGACUACGUGGCCAGCACUGCCUCCAUUUUCAGCCUGUUUAUCCUGUGUUUGGACCGGUACCGCUCCGUCCGGCAGCCGCUCCAGUACCUGAAGUAUCGAACGCGGGGCCAAGCCAGUAUGAUGAUCUGUGGAGCCUGGCUGCUGUCGACGAUGUGGAUUAUUCCUAUUUUAGGGUGGCGCUCGUUCACGCACGUCGAACUGAAACCGGAGGAGGAGAACAAGUGUGACACGGAUUUCCGCUUUGUCACCUGGUUUAAGAUCAUCACCGCAGUCUUCAACUUCUACGUCCCCUCUAUUCUGAUGCUGUGGUUUUACACACACAUCUACUUAGCAGUGAGGCAACAUCUAAGAGACAGAGAGAGAAUCAUCCAUCCAACCGACUCAUUUGGGGAAAACGAGAAUGGACGAAAUGCUCACAUGCCGGAGAAAAAUGACUCCAAGUCACCAAAGAAGGAAAGUGGAGGUCCAGUCAAACUAUCGAAACAACAACGACUGCUGGAUCAGAAUACUCUCGAUCAGAUGUAUUCCCUUGAGGAGGGGGAUAAAACCAAACCUGCUCCCUUAAGAGCUCACAGAAGGAUUGGUGUAAAGUGUCCACAGACGACAAUACUGGACCUGACAACGAAACGACUAAGAAUGGCACAAAAGUCCAAAAGACGCUCCUUGUCCCCUGAGAAGCAGCCGGACACAGAGAGUCCGGCCUGUGCGCAGGACGGGGCCGGCGCCGAGGGCAACGAGAACAAACUGCAGGCCUCGGUGAAUGAAUGCCAGGUCACGGUGCCAAACUCCGUCAGCGGGGUGUGUGACAUCAGCCAGGUCCCAGACGUGCAGAGAUACACGUCGGUGCUGUACAACAACUACGACCUCAGCCGCGCUCUGCCCUGGACGGAGGAGGCGGCCGCCGACGAGGCCAAACUGCACCCGGCCAAUGCUGUGACUCUUAAACAGACGUGGCAGCGCUUCAUCGACCAGUCGCGUCAGCGCUUGCAAAGCCUGAGGAUCCACAAGGAGCACAAGGCGGCCAAGCAGCUAGGCUUCAUCAUCGCCGCCUUCCUGCUGUGCUGGAUACCGUACUUCAUAGCUUUCAUGGUCAUGGCGUUCUGCAAAGAGUGCGUUCACCACGACCUGCACAUGUUCACCAUAUGGCUGGGCUACAUCAACUCCACUCUCAAUCCUUUCAUAUACCCGCUCUGCAACGGCAACUUUAAGCGAGUUUUUAAGAGCAUUCUGAAUAUCAAUCUGUGACAGUUUUAUGUUGCGUAGGUGCAGGAGAGCAAAGGAAACCAAAACAGGCUGAAUCAAUCAAACUUGUAAGAAAUGUACAAAUGUGCUGUAAGUGACAUUUGACUUUCCCUUUUGUUUGGUCCCGAUUCUGUUUUUUUACAACAUUUAUAUAUUUUGCCGAUGUUAUUCUAACAGUAAUAAAAUGUGUCUGGACCGAGGUUUUUAAAUUCAAAAGAAACAUAUUCAUGUCCUGAAACAUAUCUAGGUCUAUGUGUGAUCCAGAUGUGUUUUUAAAUGUUUGUUUGUUUGUUCAUUUAUGCUUGUACCUGAUAUGUAAAGUAACCAGAUAUAAAAUAUUUAAGUUAUAUUGAUGAAUAUCACUGAGUUACAGUUAUUUGUGACAUCAAUUCAAUUGACAGAGUAUUGGACAUUACUUGUUCAUGUGCCAUCCUCUUUUUAUGUUCAUUAGGUAGAAAGAAAACAAAGAUCACAUGCAUUCACUGUAUGGACUGUAUAUAAUGUACUGUAUGUACUGUCAAUGUUAAACAAGCAUAUUCUUAAACAGUGUUUGCAUGGAAACCACCUAAUGCAUUCCUUAAGGCACUGAUUGCUAAGCUUUUACGCUCAUCUGUUUUCUGAGGUGAUGCGGUUUCUCUUAUUGCACCAUUAGCUAAAGAGGACAUCAUAUUAAUACAUAGUGCCGUGGUAAUGCAACCAAACAUGCAUUUGUAUUGAUAAAGUAUUAACAGGCUCUAGAGACAAAGCAUCAACAAUGUCUCCAAUAAUCCUGCUGCUGAACUAGAACAAGCAAAAACAAUAUACACACAGUACAGUAGUUUAGUAGUAGCACUUUUUCACUUUCCAUUACUAAAUGCUUAAUUGAUGUGUCUGAUACAGGGUUUACAUGCUGUAAAGCAGCAAAAUCCCACAUUGUGUGUGUGUGUAGUGUUCCCAGAUGGGUUGUGAGUCACUACUUAGCCGAUCAAACAAACCAGGGGAGUUCGAACUGAAAGAGGUGAUGAUGAAGCAUGAGUGUAAUUGCAUGUCUCUGUCAACUUUACAGGGGCGUCAGGCUAGGACUCUGCUUUAUUUCAUUUAUUCUUUUUUCACAAAUGAAGGCUGAGGGCUCUCAUGUUCACAUACAAUUCUGCAGUGGAAGUCUUUUCACUGCCUCUAUAAAUUUAAUAAUCUCAACAUUAUUAAUAUUGGAGCACAAAGUGAUAGUGUUUUAUUGAAAUCAUUUUAUUCAUCACUUAUUAGAAUGUUAAUAAUGAUCCUUCUUGACAAUGCACUACCUAAAGAUGCUAAAAAGAUUUUCACAACAAAAUCACGCUGCUAUAAUUGUAUGAUUAUACUAUGGUACAGUAGAUUAUAAUGCUGGACUUAAUUAAUGAAUAAUAACAUUUUAGCAUUAACCAUUCACCCAUAUCUGGGAAAUUAUUACAUUUGCUUGGUUUGCCAAGUUGGAUAUCAAACUUUGGAAACCUUUAACCUUUAAAUUCAAACCCACAACAAUACUGUAUACUAAGUUAGUCAUUUAAGUACAUUUAUUUAUGCAUCAUAAAAAGAAUGAACUAUGGGUGGAAGGAGCUUUACCAUCUGGAAAAGCAAAAACAUGAUUAGGUCCUUCCAAGAAACUGAAAUAGGAAAAUAGGAAAUAGUAUUAUUUUUAUUGUUACCAUUAUAAAAUAAAAAUAUUUUCAGCAAAAUGAUUGACAUUUGAUUUUAGCAUAGAAAUAUAUAUAGAAAUAUAGUGUUUACACACAGCUGUAAUGUUAAGUCCAACAUUUAGAAUGUUAGUGCGAUGACUAACGUUUUAUUAGAUGAUCUUUAAUGACUAACUGUAAGUAAAGCAUUGUUUGGCACAGAAAAAAAGACAGGUUUGACUUAGUUUGUUUAUUAUGGCAAAGAAACCAAAUGCUCUGCAUAUAAGUCUUUCAAAUAAUAUAUUAUGCAGGGGACAGCAGCUUUAAGGACUUGAGCUCUAACACAAUAUGAUUUAAAGUUUUAUUUUUGGAAACUCUGCCAAGCUCCAACUAAAUAAGAGAUAAUAUCUUAACUUUUAGUGGGGAUGUUCAUUUCUUUCAGUAAUUGGUUCACAAAGGACCUUUACACUUUUCAUCGUCAUCAUCAUCAACAAACCAAGUUGUUCCUUAUUAACUUGUGGCUGAUUCAUGGUAGAUCGUUCAAAGUUGGGCUUUAUGUUUGUUUUAAAAUAAUGUGCUGAUUAUUGAUUGCACAGCAAUGACAUAUACUGAUGCGUCAGGCAUUCACUACAAUGUUUUCUGGUAGUUUUCAUGCAUUACUGGGGUAAAUGUUACAAGUUAUUCUAACAAGCAUGUUUUCAUGUGAUACAGUAGGUAUAAAUAGCAGCUGACUGCAUGAAACAAAUAUCUGUGACAGGGCGUAGCAGACACUGGCCUUGCAUGCCAGUGGCUAACUUGGUUGACACUUUACUGAAAAAAUAUGAAGCUCUUUAUAAAUGGCUGAUGCAAAGCAUGAGCCUAUAAACCACAGCUUAUUUCUUCUACUGUGAGUUUGAAUGUGUAUUUAAUAUAAUUAGUGUACAGUAUCUGAAUUUCAUGUAACUACACUGGCACUAAAGAAGGCUCUGAAUGGUAAGUGUAAUAAAAAUACUCGCAGGACACCUAUGAACUGUAGGUUUGCGAGUUAAGAAAAGUGUUUUAAUUUCUAUGUAAUAACUGUGUAUAAUACAUAUUUUAGGGAAUUAUUAUAUUUGCUAAAAUUGCUAUACACAUUAUUAUUUUUUGAUUGUAUUUACAACACAAUUUACGAAUUUUAGACUCUUCUCAUUUGCCUUGUUUACGGUUGAGUAAAUGAUACAUUAUGCACAUUGCACCUUAUAAUUUGCUGAUGUCACUUUUUUGACAGCUGCAUCGAUCUUAAACACGAACUUGAGUUUUACUGUAUGUCUUCAAUCUAAUGUUUGUGUUUAUAAAACAAUCUUUAGCUUAUACAAAAUAAAAGCUGAAAUCUUCUUCACUUAUAUUGUCUUCUUUCUUUACACUUACCUUCACAUUCGACCAAAAUGUUAAAAUAUAUUUUCAAAAUAUCUACUUUACACUGACA